GUCCACCAGAGGGCGCUUUAUCAACUGUGGAUUACGGCUUUAGUGGAAAAUAGAAACACAAACGCGCACAUUUCUGGGGUGAAAACAUACAGUAGGAACACAGCAGAGCUAACAGACUUCUCUAAAACGCUGUUAAUGAGAACCAGGCCAUGUUAUCCCUAAAAGCACCGGUUGUUUGUGAGCUGAGCCUGUGCUGUGUUUUCCUCUUUCUUGUGUAUGGAGUGCAGUCGGAUUACAUUCUGACCAAAAAAACAUUGGAGCUGAUGUCUAAAUAUCGACUGAUAGAUGGACACAAUGACCUCCCUUUGCAAAUCCGCAUGCUUCAGAACAACAAACUCAGCAAGUUUAAUUUGUACAACAGCUCAAAAACAGCUACGGAUAUAACCAGACUCAGAGCUGCUCAUGUUGGAGGACAGAUGUUUGCAGCAUAUGUGUUAUGUACAGCUCAGGACAUGGAUGCUGUUAGACUGGCAUUGGAGCAGAUCGAUGUGAUACGACGUAUGUGCACUGAAUACCCAGAGCUGGAGCUGGCUACCACCGCUGCAGAAAUGAACGCUACAAAGAAGAUAGCUUGUUUGAUCAGUGUGGAAGGAGGCCAUGCAAUUGAUAGCAGUCUGGCAGCUUUACGCAUGUUUUACCAACUUGGAGUGAGAUCUGUGACCCUCACACACACCUGUAACACACCUUGGGCAGAAAGUGUUUCCCUAUAUCACACUUACUACAAGAGAGACAACAAUUCCUUGACAGAUUUUGGCAAGGCAGUAGUGCAUGAGAUGAACAGGCUGGGAAUGAUGGUUGAUCUGUCUCAUACUUCCUGGACUACAGCACGAGCCGUGCUGAAACUUUCCAAAGCUCCUGUCAUCUUCAGCCACUCCUCCGCCUACACCAUCUGUAACAACACGCGCAACGUCCCUGAUGAUCUGCUUCUCAUGCUGAAAGAAAAUGGAGGGCUCAUCAUGGUAAACUUCUACAAUGGAUUUAUAGCCUGUGGUGCUCAAGCAACUGUCUCACUUGUAGCUGACCAUUUUGACUAUCUUAAGAGUGUGAUAGGAGCAGAGCACAUUGGAAUUGGUGGUGACUAUGAUGGAGCCAGUGGCUUUCCUCAGGGUCUGGAGGAUGUGUCCAAAUACCCUGCUCUGAUUGGAGAACUAUUGCGUAGGAAAUGGAGCGAGGUGGAACUGGCAGGCGUACUGAGGUUUAACUUCCUCCGAGUGUUUAAGAAAGUGGAGAAGAUACGUGAUGAACUGCGUAACACUCUUCCCAGUGAAAUAGUAAUCCCCUCUGCAGAGGCCCAAAACAAAUGUCGUUUGGUGCUGGCACAUCCGGAUACCGCUCGAAAGGUCAAGUCAUCCGGUAUGCGAGUGAGUUAUCUUUUAGGCUCAGGUGCUCUUUUUUGGACUGUUUUCUUUUUUUCACUUUUUGCUACAUAAACUAGUAUAUCCAAGCUGAUGUUGAAAAAGUAAUUCAGUAAACAGUCUCAACAGUCUCAAAAGGUCAUAGCUAGUUUGAGUACUGUUACAGUGAAGCAAUAUACUGAAGCAUUUAUAAAUUGAAAACCUUGUUCAUAACCUGGUUGUAUCAACUUCCCCUUUACAGCGUAUGGUGGCUUUCCCAUACGAUGAGUGUGGCACUAUUUUCGUUUGUGCUUUUUGAUUGCAUUGCCUGUUUACCUGUGUGCAUGUAUUUUGGUUGUGUCUAUACCCUGUCUCAAUACUUGUCUGUUACAUAAUGUUUGCACCUGUUCCGAAUUCUUGAUUAGUUUGUCUCACUUUGCACUCAAGUUCCUUCAUGUUCUUUAUGUUCUGAACUUUCCACUCAUACAGAUAUAAAAUACUGUAACAUCCUAGCAUGUCCUGGUUUAAAACUGUAGUAGAAGGUUAACACUAUUUACAUAUAUUUGUUUUAGGGCAUUGAAGUUCAGUUCAACUUCUUUCUAGGUUACAACCAUGAAACCAGUAACAACCCUGAUACUAGUUGAUAGUGAACUAUGGUCUUAAACUACUUCAGGAGGUGGUGUGACUUUUUAUCUUAUAUCUCUGUAAGCUCACCAAGCCACAUUUGACAGCUAAACUCCUCUUAGUAGAUGGUCGAUGAGCUUCAUGAAUACUAAAGCACCCGGAUGCGAUCAUGAAGUAAAACAAGGAACUACACUGCUAACUGGUGUGCAAAUGUAUUUACCUAAUUUGUAUAAUAGCAUCAGUAUAGCUAUCAGAUUGUACAUGGUAUCCAGAUAAUUAUCCAGAAAAUUGUUGUGUUCCUACUGAGAGCUACUAGAUUUGAGAAUACUCCAAAAGAAGCAACUUAAUAAGUUUUAUGACAUUUCAAUGCAAAAUAUUAGCAUUUAUUUCAUACUAAAGUAGUUUAUUUUCUGUUGUUACUUUUUAUUAUUUAUACUAUAUAUUCUCUUUUUUCAUACUGUUUUGUAUUUCAAUUUAAAGUCUUUAAACGUCUGAUGGGGAAGACAGUUCUUAAUUUCUCUAUAAUGUUCCAAGCUCCAUUUGGGUGGGAUAUAUAAUGAAAUUCAUUAUAUAUAACAAUUAUAAAAUUGUAAUCGUUGAUACAUUUCUGUUGUAUAAAACAAAUAAAAUACUUCAGGACAUGCAGCAGUAGGGAAACAGUUCACUUCAGGGUGGUCCCAGUGAUUAUGCUUUAUGUUCAACAUCACCCUUUCAAUCAUGUUUUAUUCUUUGUGUAUCUUUGCUAGCAGCAAGUUAAGUUUCCAGUGCCAAAAUGGCUGCUCCUUCAAAAAGAGCAUAAAUAAGAUGGAUAUAAAUUAUGAUUUAAGAGAAAUACAUUAAUAAAAGCAAGACUUGUGCAUAAUAGUCAUACUGUAUAUACACUUGUGGGAUGGUGAAUCACAAGUCUCUGGUUUGUGAGUGUUUGGCUUUUUAUCACUGAGUUUUAAACACAAGCAAAUCAAGCAUCAACCUGCAAACAGAGUUGAUUUGUUUCUUACUUUUUUAAUGUCUUUCAUUUUCACUUUUACAUAUAUUUAUCUGUACAGAUAUUGUGGCCGUAAAAAAAAGUGUAUCAGUGACAGCUGUCAUUGAGAGUUGCGUAGAAGCAUGAAAGAAGAACUGUAUGAAAAAACAUCAGCUAAUUUACAAAUUUUAAAUUUCAUUGAUUUGUUCAAAAGUCUAGUAUAAAAAUUCAUAAGUUAUAAAAUCAUUUCAUACUUUCACCCAAAAUCAUGAAUAAAUGCUCUUUCUUUGACCAUUAUCUACAACCUGGUGCUCUCAAACCAAUGGGGAGUAAAAGCAAAUAAAUAAGGAAAUAAAUUAAAAACAUCAACUUAUCAUAAUCCUCCAGAUAGUAUUUGUUUGGACUAAAUCUCAUUGGAAAAAAUCUUACAGAAGCACAUGUACAAUACAGAUGUGUCUACAGCUGCUCUGAAUUAGAUUUAUAUAACAUUUUAACAUGAUAUAUACCAUUUCUCAAAACCCAUAUUCAUGUGAAUGUGGUUUGUUUCUCUGUGCAGACUAAUAACACAUCCUGUUUACGGUGUAUUCCUGCCCACAGUAUUUACCCAGAAAUGCUUUAAGAUGGUAUUUCUGUUUCUAAUGAGUAGCAGAUGAGCUGGCUUUGAAGUAAACAAAUUUAGUUUCUUAUCAUCCGAAACACACUUUAGUGCAGAUAUGGGUCUUUACCAGGAGUGUCUCCUAUUGCUUAAUGCAAUGUGUGGUGUGUGUGUGUAUUGCAGUUCAAUUUCAAUUAUUUGAAUUCAAAUAUCUCAUUUAGAGGUUUCACUGGAAAUCAAAAUAUUUUCUGAGGGUUUGUGUUUUUUUUUUUUUUUUUUUUUAAGAAGUAGGUGCUAUGAGCAUAGCAGCUCUGUGUGAGAUUUAAUAGAUUUGUGGUAAAAGCUUUGCUUCUCAAAUCGAAGUUGUCAGUUAUUUGAUUCUGAUUAAACCAGAUGUUAUGUUACAAUUACAUUUAUGACAUAAUGGUCUUAAAAGCCUUGUAGUGGCAUCUUGAUGGACAUGGGUUUCGAACUCACAACCUUCUGAGCAGUAGUCUAACCCCAUAACCACUAAG